CACACACACAAACCCGUGCGCGACGAGCAGAGCAGCAGAAGAAGAAGCAUUUCAGCACAACAAAAGUUGGCGAAUUUUGGCUACAAAACGGUACAACGUGGGGACAAUUUGCGUAAAUUCGGCCACCGGAAGUGCCCAGGCAGCGAUUGGACGCGAACGCCAAGCAGCAGAAGGCGAUCGAAUUUUAGGCAGUAGGCGACGGGAAGUUCUGCAGUGAAAAUGUGCCGAGCGAUUGCGGGUUUGCGACGGAACGAUUACUGAAAAAACAAAAACAGACCCCGCGGCAGCAGCGGAAGAACCGCGCGCACACGGCAGAUCGAAACGGGAUUAGUUGGGUUGGGUUUGGGGGGAAGGUGUUACAACAGAGAGGGCAUCAUGGCCAGUCGCAAGCGAACGGUUCGCGUGUUUAGCCUGCUGGUGAUGAUUUUGCAGCUGGAAGUGCAGGUGCGGUCACAGCAGCAGCCGCAGCAGGACCACCCGACGAGCGGCGGAGAGCAGCUGAACUUUGGCGUUGGUGGUGGCGCACAGGAUAUGUUUACCAGUGCGACGCAGGAUCUCAUGGACGAGAUGUUCCAGCGGGGUGAGGUGAUUCAGCGGGGAGCAGGAGUGGAAAAGACCAGUCCCGAGCUGGUGGGAAAUUUACUUUUUCAACCGAGCUUGCUGGACUUUGUCGAGCGCUCGAUAGGUGAUCCGCACAACCAGGUGGUCAUUCUGAUCAACCGACACAAGAGCCGCUCGGUGGUGCUCGGGUCCAUUUCCGGCAGCACGCCGGACUUUUACAGUUCGUACUUCAAAGAGAUUGUCAUUCCGCCGGAGGGCAACACCAGCUUCAACGUGGUGUUUCUGCCUCGCCAGCUGGGAGCGACGGCCGGUUCGAUCGAGAUCCACACCUCGUUCGGGCUGCUGCAGUACCAGGUCAAGGGCGAAGGCGUCGAGUGUCCGUACCGGUUGAGGCCGCUGGUGGGGCUGCAGGCCCCGUUGAAUGCAACGCUCACGCCGGAGAUUAGCUUGUACAAUCCACACGACACCGCGCUCCAGAUUGUGGAGAUCUACAGCAGUGGAGGCAAUUUUCAGCUGGAAUUGCCCAGUGGAGCGCAGGAAGGACCGCAAGCCUUGUGGGAGAUACCGCCACAUACGACGCGGAGUGUCAUCCGGAUACGGUUCCAUGGAAAAACCGCCGGCAACCACACGGCUUACGUAAGAAUCAAGAUAUCCGGGGGCAGCGAGGAACCCACGCUGGUGGACAAAAUGCUCGUUGUGCCGAUCGAGAUUGAAAUCUUCAAACAUACGGGCCUCUACUCGAGGACAUCUUUCCUGGACCUGGGCAUCGGUGGGAUGAAGGAGAACGUCACGAAGCUCAGCAUUAACCUGACCAACUCGGGCGACACGCAGUUUUCGAUUCGGCGCUGGGGCGCUCACCUGAGCGAUAUGGAGCUUAUCAAGGCCACCAAGGUGCAGAUUUCACCCCGCCCAGUUCGACACGUGCUGAACAUCGAGAUCGACUGGACGAAGGUGGUUUCGGACCGGAAGAACAUCAGCGAAUUUUUCGUUGGAUACGAGGAAUAUGAAGGCUUACGGGACGAGUCCUCCUACCACUACCAUCGUAUCCCGUUCUACGGACAAGUUCUCAAAGGCAAGCUAAACUACGACGCCGAUGUGCUCAAGUUUCUCACGUCCGGCGACGCCAGCGAGCAGAACCUGCAGACGCCGCGGUUGCUGGUUAUCCGGAACAAAUUUCACGUGCCAUUAUCAAUCUCCAACAUCAGCGUACCUGAGAACUGCUCGCGCAACUUUCGCGUCGAAGGAUUCCGCCCGAAAAUCAUCCAACCGGACCAGGAGGAAACGCUACUCCGCAUGUCGCGGCUUCUAACGGACAACCUGAACCGUUCGAUCGCCACCUACAUCCGCCUGAUGACGAACGUGACCGAGUACGAUCUACCCGUGUACAGCUACACCGGCAAGCUCAAACGUAUCCUCCCGUUCUCCACUACCACCUUCCGACCGCCCUCGGACUACGAAGCGCUCGAUCUGGACGAGCGCGAGCUCAACUUUGGCAUCCUGCCCAUCGCGACGAUCGGCGAAACCCUGGUCGCGUUCUUCAACGAAAACCCCGUGGAAAUCGCGAUCCGCCACUGGAAGGGCGCAAUCACGUCGGAAAACUCCGGGUCAGCAACCAUCACGGUUAUCCUGCGCGGCUGCGGUCCACACAGCGGCGAAAAUCUCAUCUUUUGCCACACCAUUCAGCCCAAGCACUGGAUCGUAUUCCAGGUGAGCGUGCAGUCCAGCUCGGUCGACAACUACCGGGGCCGGUUCAGCAUCAGCACCGACUACGAGGAGAUCGUAACGCCCAUCAGCUUCACCACGGCCGUCGGCAAGCUGGAGCUGAAUCGAGAGUUGCUGCACUUUGAUAGCUGCUUUCCGGGCAAGCUCUGCACGCUGAACCUGACGGCGCACUCGACGUUCCUGUCGAAAAUCCACGUGGAAGGCAUCAAGACGGACGUGGACGGGAUCGAGUUCACGGUGGAGGCCCGCCAUCCGGUGAUCCACCCGAACACGAUCACCAACAUAGGCCGACUGGUGUUCGACCCGAAGGUGAUCUGCAAGACGGACUGCUACAGCAGCUUCGACCUGCUGUCGAAACCGUUCGGCGUCAAGUGGAUGGCCACGCUGGACAACUACGAAGAGUACCGGAAGCUGGACAGCGAGAAGCUGCUGCACCAGCUGCGGCUGUACUCGGAGAUGCGGCGUUCGUGGCAGAGCAUCCGGUUCCAGCUGACGACGGAUCCGAUCCGGAAGUUUGAGUUCAACGCGACGGUCGAUUUGGUGUGGCCGAAGCUGCUAACGGAGAACAUUCACUUUCCGACACUGCAGAUUGAGCAGGAGGCUGUCAAGUUGAUCACGAUCAACAAUCCGUCGGAUCAGAUACUGUUCGUGCACCUGGUGCUGCACGACGUCAACGUUCACGGGAGUGACGUGAGCCAGCUCCCGCCGGAGAUUCUGUCCAAGUGUGCGAAUUGCAGUUUGAGUGAGGAGAACGUGUUUUCUUUUCUCUUCGAUUACGACGACAUUUACGUGAAUUACGUGAAGCCAAAGUCGUUUCUGAAGAUUGCGGUCAAGUUUACGUCCCGGGUGCCGGGCACGUACUCGACGAUUUUCUACAUGCGCAACAACCUGACGCUGAUCGAUGCCGUGUGGAUUCAGGCUAAGGCCGUGGUGCCGCAGUUUAAGUUCGGCAACCGGAAGCCGGGCUCGGCGACGGCGUUGCAGUUCGAGAUUACGGAUAAACAUUUGAAGAUGUGCACGGGGAUGCCCGCAGAAGCGGACUCGAGCACGUCUUCGUCCACAGAUGACGCGCAGUCUGCGCUUUCGAUUCAGACGAAGCGCUCAUUUACAGCGCGGAACUACGGGGAAGUUCCCAUUGCCAUUUCCGGCAUUCGGGUGGAGGACAUCCUGUGCGAAGGGUACGGCUUCAAGGUGCUGGACUGUGCACCGUUCGAGUUGCAGCCGAACGCGAGCAAAAAGAUCGAAAUAGCGUUCUCACCGGAUUUCACCCUAGCCAGGGUGACGCGAACGCUCAACUUCGACACAAAUAUUAACUUUCCGGUAAAUUUUACCCUUCUUGGGACCGUUCCGGCGCAAGGAUUGGAGUCCUGCAGCAUGAGCUUACCGCGGCCGUGGUUCGAAUCGAUACUGAAGAUCGUGCUGGUGAGCGUGCUGUCGAUUACUUUGCUGGGAACUCUGCUGGCUGCCUUCUUGGACGCGAACAAAGUGAUCAAAGAUCACAUACUUAACCUAUCGCGUGAUCGGGGCCCGGUUCAACCUCCGCUCGAUCUAAGGCAGAUUGCCCUUCAGAGUCCGGUGGCGACGGCGGGAUGUUCCGAGAAAGCUUCUACCUCCGGUCCCGGCAGUGGCAACACCAGAAACAAUCAAGGAAGUGGCUCCAAGAAGAAAUCUGGUGGCAAAUCCAACGCCAAAAUGUCCAACGGAAACGCCGGCACGUUCAACCGAACGUGGAACGAUUUCACGUCUAAGAUCAAAGGGGGUUUCAGCUCAAAGCAAACGCCACCACCACCGACCGAGUCGACAGCGAACAAAUCAACGGCGGCCGCAUCCCCCGAACCCACGGACAAACGGUCCCAAAAGAACCGGCGAUCAAGUACUCCUCCCAAGGAGGAACCCCCAGCCGUAACAGUCUCGAACAGCAGCAACUCUAGCGCCAAAGAACGGAACAAAGCAUCGUCGUCCUCGUCGCCGCUAAUCGAAGAAGAUUCCAGCUCGACCACGACCGAAUGCUCGGAAAGCUCCUCCUCAGCCAUGUCCUCGUCGUCGUCGUCAGCAUCAUCAGCAAGAAAAGUGGCCAUCGUACUAAAACCGCCCAAGUCUGCUGCUCCGGUGGCAGCGGCGGUGGCCACCCCUACCAGUGACUUAAAGUUUGAAUCAAAUUCAACGUCCGGUCAUGCGAACAGCAGCAACCAAAACCAUUGCAUCAGCAACAAUCAUCAUUAUCAGCAACAGCCGAAGGUCAGUCAGCAGAUCUCGUCAUCAUCAUCGUCCGCUGCCGCUACGGCGGCCGCGGCGGCAAAAGCAAACGUCAAAAAGACCAAAAGCCUCCCGGUUAGUUACGAAUCGGCCGGCUUGCUGUCCCUCGGGACUACAAUCAGCCCCAUCGCCAACCAUCAUCAUGACUUUCAGCAGACUCCGUCGCCGCCCUCGGUGAAGCACGGCGGUGGCUCGUCAUCGUCCUCAUCGUCGACCUCGUCAACGGGCUCGUCGUCGGCCAAGGAACCGUCGUCGUCGAGCGUCGUGACGUCUGCGGCCGAUGAUCGACGGCUGCGCAACAGUAGCAAGAACAACGGAAACGAGAAGGCAGCGCGGGAAGGUGGAGGCGGGAAGGGCGCUGCCGGUGGCAAAAGUGCGGAAAAGGCGGCGCGGGAACACACGGGCAAGGAGAAUGGAAACGCGUACGGCGGCGGAGAUCACGGUGGCAAGCACGAAUCGCAGUCCAAAAAGUUCGGCAAGACGCCAGGUCGCGAGCGCAAAUCCAACAACCAAGGCAAGAAGGGCUCCGGCGGCGGCAAAACGCUCCACAAAGCACAGGCUCUGCAGUUUUCCGCCUCGGGCUCGCUCACCGGAGGAACUGGCGGAAAAACGGGCGGCGCCCCGAACAGUGCCACCGCCAAUUACUUCCUCUCGGGGAGUAACAUUCCCUCGAGCAGUCAGCUGCCAGCACCUCCGAACGUGUGGGGCGAGAACCGGGCCCGGUUUAGCGAUGUUGUGGCCCAGGCUGCACUGGAUAGCAGCGGGGGAAGCGGCAAAUCGGUGGGGAACUCUACUAGCGGAUCUGUGUCGUCGAGUGGUGGCACCGGGUCUAGCGUUUCAAAGAUGCUGAAUUUCGAUUUGAACACGCCGCUGGACCGCUUUGGGUCGGGUCCGUUGAUGGUGAGUGUUCCGUCGGUGGCCACUUCGUCAGCCGGGUCUGGGAGUGCGUCCGGGAGCGCUCAGCAGAACGAGGUUAACAAGGUCGUGGUCAGUUUGUUCAGCAAGGCUCGCGAGGAGAGUGGUUACAUUGGGGCCGAGAAGGAGCAGCAACCGGUGGCGUCGAGUUCAGAGCUGGGUCCGAUUGGAACCACGAAGAAGUCUCCGUCGGUGACGCCAAAGUUUUGGGAACCUUUUGCCGGAAGCGUCAUCCAAAGACCCAGCCAGUUGGGACUGCCGCCACCGCCGUCACAGAUGAACGACCAGCAGCUAAUCAACACGGACAGUUAUUUCUCGCAGCCGUUUGGAGACUAUGGGACAGGUGAGCACGCGUACCGUGGAACACAGCAGAACCGAUCGCUGAUGGACUUGCAGUCGUCGUCGUCGUCCUCGUCGCAAGUUAACUCCUUUGGAGGGUUGAACAGCCACGGAAUGAACGCGGCGCCGGUCGAUCCGAUGGCCGACUUGAACCAAAUGGUCCUCGAGCAGCGCGACUGGGACGCCAAGAUGUUCUGGCAGGCUAUGCAGAAAAACGAAGAACACAACCAACAUCAGAACAACCUGAUCGAUUGGUCCUCACUCUGGACUUCUCCACCCGUUUUUCCCCAUCAACAACAACAACAGCAGCAACAACAGCACAUGAACUCUCGCUUGGCAAACAACUGGCUCGGCGGUCAACGCGCCUCACAGAUGCCGCUGCGUGCCCCGCCCGGAUUCUCUCCGGUCAAGCCAACGCCGCCGAUGCAUCCGCAAAUGUCGCAGAUCGCCCAACAUCAGCAGCAGCAGCAGCAGCUGGUACAGAACCAGCAUCCGCAUCUGCAGCAUCAGCAACAACAACAGGCGAUGGAGCAGCAGCAGCAGCACCAGGAUAACGGCACAGGCGCGGGACCGGCCACCUACGACCCGUUCCGAAUCUCGAUCUGGGCGCCGGCCGGCAGCAACGACGUCUGGAACGAGAAGAAGUAAAUUGGCGCGCGCACUGCACUGAGUUUUCAUUCUUUUCUUCUUCUUUUUAUCUACAUUUUUACCUCUUUGAACUAGUUUUACCUGAAACCGUAGAUACUCAAACGAUGGUUUUCAUUUGAAGUAGGAUUUAUAUUUUGUCGAGAGUUUUUUUUUUUUUGCGCUGUGAUUAAACCCACUAGCAAUCGUUUUUUUUUCUUAUUUUGUCACUAAUCUUUUUUUUUUCUUCGUUCAUUUUGAAUUGUUUCUAACCCACGCGUCUGUUGAUUGGUACAAGUUUCUACCACACGAAAGUAAUACAAAAUAAACACAUUCACAAGGAAGAACACACCCGCACACAGCUGGCAGGAACGAUUUGUUAGAUUCUGUUCUAGUGUGAAUUAUAUCUACAAGCAGUUUCUUACUUUAGACGCGCCGCGAAGGUAACAGAAAGUGGAACCGUGUAGAAUUCUCGUAGAGAGAGGCAAAUAAACAGAGAAAAGUGUGCGCAAAACAAGAAGGCUUGAAUUUUUUUCAGUAGUGCAAAAAUUAAAACCCACAAUUUGAUUGGAAACUACAAAAAA